AUGCAACGUUGCGGGAUCGUCGGCGCUCAACUCGACGCCCCUGCUGCCCAGGUGCCCGAGGUCAGGGACUGGUGCAUCGUCCGCCCGCAGGCGCAGGCCCCUGAAACCGUCCAGCUGCUCUGCCCAAAGGCCAACGUGGGCCGACUGUACAAGGCCCUGAGCGUGGCCGCCCCCAAAGUGGGCGGCAUGAAGCUCGGCCCUGUCAAGGCCGCGAUCAGCCUGGACCCGCUGGGCCACUGGCCGCUCUGCUCUGCGCUGCACGCCGCAGCCGCUGCGGCGCUGGCGGCGCGCGGCUGGCUCAUGCUGCGCAAGGGGCUGGCGCUUGAGGCCGACCCGCUGUCCGCGCUGCCCGGCGCGCAGGGCUCGGGGACGCUACUCGAGUUCGGCGUGGGGGCGCAGGAGCCGGCCGCCGUGCUUCUGUUUGUCAAGCGUGCAGGCUUCGUGCGCUACCGCCGUUUCUCCAUCGCCCACGCGCUUGUCCAAGAGCCCGCGCCCCUGCCGGCGCCGCUGCAGCAAUACGGUGGCGGCGGCUGGGACGGGGACAUAUGUAGAUCUGAUGCGGAUGCGGCGAUUGUGGGGAACCCCCUGCAGCUCCGCGCGGCGUCGCGGCUGCUGGAGGGGCGGCCCCUCAAGCUGCUGCCGGAUCAAGAGUGA